AUGGGAGAUCAAGGCAGAGGCACAGUGAAAGAAGGACAACGAGAAGAAGAAAGAGGAAGAUGGAGAAAGAAUGAGGGCGGGCAGACAGAGAAGAGGCUAAAAAGGAGAAAGAAGAAGAGACAAGGAGGAAAGCAGCAGGAUAGAAAGAACGUGGUGUUCCCAUUUGAUCUAGGUUCAUGUCGGAUGGACGAGAAACGGUCGGAACUGCUGAUAUUCGACAAAAAAAAAAUCAAAUGA